AUGAGCGGAACAAGCAGGGGCUAUUCAUCGACCUCAUGCUGGACGUGUCGCCGUCGCCGCGUCAAAUGCGACCGAGCGCUACCGGAGUGUCAUAAGUGUUUAGCUGGCGAAGAGCAUUGCCAAGGAUAUAAUGAAUCAAGGCCUUUAAGGUGGACCAAUGGCGUCGCUAGUCGAGGCAAACUUAUGGGGAAACGCGUGCCUAUAAUUGAUGCUAAUAAGUCGUCUGCCUCGAUCAUAAGGUCACUUGAAGACCCAGCAGUGCAAGACUUGUCACCUAUCAAUCGGGGAUAUAUAAAAUACUUUGAUCGGUAUUGCUCUGUUGAAAGUGCGCUUUACGAUUCCGAUGCAACCAAUCCCUUUCGGGAGUUUAUGCGGAUAAUCCCUUCGAGCAAGGGACUCUCUCAUGCGAUGAUGUCUAUCGCAGCCCUUCAUCAAGCUCGGAGAAAAUCGAAUGGUCGAGCUGUAAAGCUUGAACAUUCACCAACCCUGGGAGAUGAUGCUUGCAUGACCAUUUCACCACGCACGAAUAUCAUCGAAGACGAUCCACGUGCAGUGUACGAUUCCCUGAAACACAAGCAACAUGCCCUGCAACAAAUCCAAAAGGAGCUUUCAAGCUGUGAUUCUGGAAAUAUUGAGGGUACAAUUGCCUCAAUACUCCUACUAGUUUGGCAGGAUUGCAUGGACUCGGGAACGAAUUCUUGGAGAUACCAUCUGGAUGCCCUGAAAGAAAUUGCAGAACUACAGAAAUCCUCGGCCAAAUUCCAACCUGGAAGAUGUUUUUUCUUUGAUUUUGCGAGGUAUGAACGGUGCCUUGAAAUGACCUACGCAACGCCUUUUCUGACUAUCACAUCAAGGCUACAUAUUCUGGGCACUACCUUUAUCCAAAGCAAAACCGAUUACCAACCCUUGCUUUCAGAAAUAUCACCACGUGAAAUGAUGAGAUUCUCCGAUAGCGAGUUAUGGGCAGGUUGUCCAGCGGAGCUUCUCUAUAUCAUCUCCAUUCUAAACAACAUUUCAAGAUCGCAGUCAAUCCUAAGUGAAUUCACAACAGAGAUUUUGCCAGCAUUGCAUGGAUUUUCACCAAUGAAAUGGGCAAUUAGAAGCGAUAAGCCUGAAUUGAUGAAGACACGAUAUCAUCUAGCGAGCGUAUACAAGCAUUCUGUUGCGAUUUACAUGUCUCAGGUUUUGUGCCAACUUCCUCAUGGUCAAAAUAUUCACAUUGAUACUCCAGCCUCUCUUGACCCGACGAUAUUACACAUUGAAUCCAUAAGCCCCGAAGACACCCUUUUUAAGGGGCUGGUGUGGCCUGCAUUCGUCAUUGGGGCGGAGGCAAAGGAUCGAUCACAAAGAAUGGCUAUUGUUCGGGUGUUUGAACACCUCUGGGACAUAUGGCGCUGUCAGAAUGUGAAAAACGCUUCGGAUGUACUUCAGAACCUUUGGACUCGGAAUGAUGAAAGUAUAACCCCUGUUUCCUGGAUUGGCGAAAUUUAUCGGUCGGGGAUGGAUUGGAUUUUUGUUUGA